AGUAUUUGGCUUCUUAUUUUUUUUUUUUUUCUUCUUUUAGUUAGAGCUGUGUCAGUACAGAAAGAGUAAACAGAGAGAGCAAGCAAAGCAAAAAUUGAUGUCGCUUUAGAUCACCACAUAACAUUUCCUUAGUUUACAAGCGCACUCUCUCAUGGAAUGAUAGAUUUGGAGCUUUUAACAGUUACAUUAUUCAAAAUGCAGGAAUUUGGGUUUGGAUUUGUGUGGUGAUUAUUGAUUAUCCAGCAUGGGCAAAUCACCAGGAAGAUGGAUCAAAACUAUAUUAUUUGGAAAGAAAUCUUCCAAAUCUCAUUCUGCCAAAGGAAGAGAGAGAACUGCAAACGAGAAACAGUUAUUGGUUGCUGCCAAGGCAUUAGAAGAUGAUGCUAUUUCAGCUCCUGUGAUCUCACAUCCAAUCCCAGUUCCUACUGUUCGCUCUGAAAGGCACUUAGAACUUGAGAGCCAGGAGACUGCUGACUUACCACAUAAUGGGAGUGUAUCUUUGCCAGAAAAUCAAGAUGCAAAUUUUCAAGGAUCUACACCCCAAGUUGCAUUGUCUGAUGAUGAGAGAAGAAGGCUGGAGGAAGCUGCAACAUUGGCACAAGCUGCAUUUAGGGGCUAUUUGGCUCGGCGGGCAUUUCGGGCUCUUAAAGGCAUAAUAAGGCUCCAGGCUCUUAUUCGAGGGCACUUGGUCAGGAGACAAGCUGUUGCCACUUUAUGCUGUGUUCUGGGUGUUGUCAAGCUGCAGGCAUUAGCUCGAGGGGUCAAAGUGAGGAAUUCUGAUAUUGGGCAGGAGGUUCAGAAAAAAUGGAAUGUGGUGAAGCCUCUGGAGGGAAAGCAAGGGGAUUCACAUGGUGUUAACGUUUCUAUCCUAAGGGCAAGGCUAUCAGCAAAUGCUUUUGUACGCAAGCUUGUGGCUUCAUCACGGACUGUGAUGCCUUUGUGCCUCUGCCAUGAACCUGAGGAACCAAAUUCAGUUCCCAGCUGGUUAGAACGUUGGUCAGCAUCUCACUUUUGGAAACCAAUUCCUCAACCAAAGAAAAUUUCUUAUUCAAAGACCCAAAGAAAGCAGGGUAAUGGUCAAAUGCUGGAAGCUGAAACUGGUAGGCCAAAGCGGAGUGUUCGGAGGGUCCCUGCUGCAAAUAUUGACAGUACUUCAGUGCAAGCAACAUCCGAAAUUGAGAAACCCAAACGCAAUUUUAGAAAAGUUUCGAGCCAUCCAGCUGAUACCACUCAGGAAAAUCCACAAAAUGAGCUAGAAAAGGUGAAACGUAACUUGAGAAAGGUUCAUAACCCUGUACUGGAGAACUCUAUUCAAUCAGAAGUUGAAAUGGAGAAGCCAAAGCAAAGUCCGGAAAAAGUAUCAGGCAGUUCUGGUGAUAAUCAUCUGGUACACACUAUGAACAAUCCCGGGGAGAAGGUGAAGAAAGAAACAACCUUGACAGCAACCAAAUUACCUGAUGUGGUGAAGACUGAGCCAACCUCGAGCUUGUCCAAAUCGACAGAGGCAGAAAUAACUUUGGAACCAUUAGGAAUAAAUGAAGCAUCAGAAAUAGAUGGUGAUCGAGCUGUGGUUGAAUCAAAGCCAUUAGUAGAGAGUGGUGGUGAAGAUGAGAAUACUCCUAUUACGAAUGGGGUGUUAAGCUAUAAUGAGGAUCCAACAAGCAAUGAAAACCAUAAAUCCAACAGGAAAACUUCUAGUGUAGUAAAGCAAGAACGUGCAGAGAAUGGGUUACAGAGUAGUAGUCCAGCACUCCCAAGCUAUAUGGCAGCAACUGAAUCUGCAAAGGCAAAGCUGAGAGCGCAAGGUUCCCCGAGGUUUAGCCAAGAUGGAGCUGAGAAAAAUAAUCUUGCAAGGCGCCAUUCUCUGCCAUCUUCAACGAAUAGCAAAAUCAGCUCACAGUCACCAAGGACGCGAAUGGUUCAUUCUGGUGGCAAAGCAGGGAAUAAAAGUGACAGAUCUGUGGUAUCAUCCAGAGAAGGAAAUGCAAAGGCAGCCCAGGUUGAGUGGAGGAGGUGAUUUUUUCAAGCCUUGUGGGUUUCGAGGGGUUAGCAUAAGGAGCUGAGUUCAAUUUCUUCUGCAGUUUUUGUUGUCUUUGUGUAAGAUUAUGAUGUAAAACUAAAAACUGAGUUGAAGGGCGUGUUGGCUCCAAGUCUUUCUAGAUUUUCCUGCAGUGGAUGUUUGUGAGUGAAUGUACAUCAUAGGUUUUGAACAUUUGUUUGUGCUACAAUUUUCAUACAUUAAUUCUAAACUCUGCUUGGUUUUCACA